CCUGUGGGGGUUUCGGUGGUCAGCGAGCCCAGUGUCCCUUUAGUACUAGAUAUUCAAAAACAAGGCACUGUGGAUGGCACAGCAAUAGCCAUGCUAAAGGAUUUUAAUCAAUACAGGAUACGUUGACAUUGCAAUGUGCUUAUUAAUAUUAUAGACGUUCUGUGAGCUGCUCCAGUUACGGAUACAUCCCCGGGAUUGAGACACCAGAGGAAGAAGAGAGGCCUACGGUAUAGGACUGACCAAGACAGGACGUGGAUAUUCGAGGACAUGUGUACAUCUGGAGCUGCCUGAGGAAUCGGACCAGGACCAGGAAACUAGGGAAACAUUUUCCACGCCAUUUUCCACACCUUUUUCUAUUUUUUUUUCUUUUCCUUUUUUUUCUCACUUGAUUGAUACCCAUCCACUCCCAUCAUCAUAGCAUCUCUUUAAGUGGAACACGUGUUUUUUUUUUCACUCCCUCAUCCAAAACAAGUAUAUAUAUCCCAUUUUUUUCUCUGUAGAAGGGUCCCACUGAACCGGCAAAAUAAGUUUCCCAGUGCCCCCCCACUUGUCCCACCGCAGCCAGUCGUCCAGUCACUUCCCCCUGGAUCCGCACGGCAAACGGGCCCAUUCCGCUCCGAAGCUGAAUCCCUACAGCCGCUCCAGGAUGACGGAGGCGUGGCAGCAGCAUGCCGUGGCCCCGCCCCCGCCGGUGGUACACACCAUCCCCCCGGGGGCCGAGAGCUCCCUGGGCUGCGCCGUGUACGGCAUAGUGCUGCAGCCGGAUCCUGCCCUGCAGCAGCAGCAGCAGCAGCAGGCCCAGCAGCCGCAGCAAGCGCAGCCCCAAACGCAGGCGCCGCAGCCGCACCACGGGCAGCAGCAGCACGGCCAGCAGCAGCAUCCGGCGCAGGCGCAGCAGCCCUCCCUGCAGGUAGGGGGCGAGGGCGGGCACAAGUGCGGCGCUUGCGGCCACGACAUCUCCCACCUGGCCAACCCCCACGAGCACCAGUGCAUGGUGAGCCAAGACCGCUCGUUCCAGUGCACCCAGUGCCUGAAGAUCUUCCACCAGGCCACGGACCUGCUGGAGCACCAGUGCGUGCAGGUGGAGCAGAAGCCGUUUGUGUGCGGCGUCUGCAAGAUGGGAUUCUCCCUGCUCACCUCCCUGGCGCAGCACCACAACGCCCACAACAGCACCAACCCCAUGAAGUGCUCCAUCUGCGAGAAGACCUACCGGCCCGGAUCCGGCAACGCCACCCCGACCUCUAGUGCCAACCCCCAGCAGCCCUCCUCCGACGCGGCCACAGCCAGUGGCAGCGCCGCCGUGGGCACCUCCUCCCAGCCCACCUUCGAGCCGUCGGUGCCCGACCGGCCCUACAAGUGCUCGGUGUGUUCCAAGGGCUUCCGCCACCUGUCCGAGCUGACGCGCCACGAGCGCGUGCACACCGGGGAGAAGCCGUACAAGUGCGAGACGUGCGACAAGAGCUUCAGCCAAAUGUCUCACCUGCAGCACCACCACCGCACACACAGCUCCGAACGGCCGUACAAAUGCGCCGUAUGCGAGAAGACCUUUAAGCACCGCUCACACCUAGUCCGCCACAUGUAUGCCCAUUCCGGCGAGCACCUGUUUAAGUGCAACCUGUGCGAGCUGCACUUCAAAGAGUCAUCCGAGUUGCUCCACCACACAUGCCAGCCCCAAGGUGCACGACCAUUCCGCUGCGCAACGUGCGGGAAGGGCUUCAAGCGGCCGUCGGACCUUCGCCAGCACGAGCGCACGCACUCGGAGGAGCGACCUUACCACUGCGAGGACUGUCAGAUGAGCUUUAAGCAGCAGUACGCGUUGGUGCGCCACCGUCGCACGCACAAAGCCUCCGCCGAUCGCCCCUUCAAGUGCAACCUGUGCGACAAGGGCUUCCUGCAGCCCUCGCACCUUCUGUACCACCAGCACGUCCACGGCAUGGACAAUCUGUUCAAGUGUGCGUCGUGUGGGAAGGGCUUCAGCCAGUCGGGCGAGCUCUUGCGUCACAAGUGUGGCGAGGCCUCGUCGAGCAGUAACUCCGACAAGCCGUACAAGUGCGACGUGUGCGGGAAAGGUUACAAAAAAGCGGCGACGUUGCAGCGUCACCAGAACGCGCACUGUGCUGAGAAGCCUCUGAAGUGUUCGCUGUGCGACCGCAGAUUCCUCUCCUCCUCCGAGUUCGUGCAGCACCGCUGCGAUCCGUCCCGCGAGAAGCCGCUGAAGUGUCCUGACUGCGAAAAGCGCUUCAAGUACACCUCGGAGCUGGCACGACACAGGCGCGUGCACACGGGCGAGAAGCCCUAUAAGUGCUCAAGCUGCGAUAAGUGCUUCAAGCAGAGGGAACACCUGGCCAAGCACCAGAGCGUUCACGCUCGCGACGCCCAGUUCAAGUGCGUGUGGUGUGGAGAGCGCUUCGGUGACCUGGGGGCGCUGCAGGAGCACACGGUCCAGCACACCGCCGAGGGGGGCGGAUAUCCCGUCCCGUCCCUCAUCCAAUAGGGCCCACACACACACAUACCUUACCUUCCCCUUCCCAUCGACCCCAUCCCCGUGAGGGGAAUGGCCGAUGACAUAUUCCAGCCAGUGGGCGAAGGCCCCUUUCUGAUAUCCCAAAUCUCCAUUUAGUCCCCUUCUUACAUUGCUACACAGAACCCCUUACCCCUCAGAUAAGAUAAACUACCUGUACAUCAAGCAUCAAUAUGUGUGUGCGUGUGCGUGCGUGCGUGCAAAGAGAUUUUUUCGUGGAUGACGGAUGGUGCCACAAACUGAUUCGUUUUUUUUCCCUCCCUUUUUUGAACUUUUGAGGCCGUUGAAGACUCUCCCUCCCUGCAAUAUGCACAAACAUACAUGCAUACAAACACAAGCACACACAGACACACAUAAACACACACACACACACACACACACACACACACACACACACCUGCCCCCUUCCCAUUUAUGCUAAAAUACAUUCACUCGCCUGUUCCUUAUUCCUCAAACAUAAAUCACUCACCCCCAUCCUGUGCACACACACACACACAUACACAUACAUACACACACACACACACACACACGCACACACACACUCCAUGCUGAAGAGAUAUGUUACUCAGACUGACUGUCUCAUUUUGAGAUGAAGGAACAGGAAUGAGGAACGAUUCCCUUGUGGGCUCCAGUGAAACGGUUCUGUGGUGGUGGUGGGUGGGGGAUUCCGGCCUCUUAUCUCACACACAGACCCACCCCAACCCUCUUCUCACACCCACACACACACACACACUUGCAUAUGCACCACACCUGGCCACACAUGGUCCACAGGUCUAACCUGCCUCACUCACCCACUCUCUCACAAGUCUCUGUUCCCCCAGCUGUUACUGACCUGUUCCUCUUUGUGUGUGCGCGUGUGUGUGUGUGUGUUUGUGUGUGUGCGUGUGUAAAUGUCCACCUACAUAAGACUGCCUGUGAUAAUGACAACAGUAUUGGGUAUUUAGCUGUCCUCAAGCUGAGAAAGCCCAGAGCACCACUGUAAGUGAAAGCAUACUGUAUAAUUACUCCUGUGUGUGUGUGUAUGUUUGUGUGUGUGCGUGCGUGUAUGUGUGUGGUCGUUUGCGUGUCUGUGUGUGUGUGUGUGAGUGAGUGAGUGUGCGCACGUGUGUGCAUAUGUGUGAAAUUAACCUGUUUGCAGUUACUUGUUCCACAUACAACCCCAUAGUUAGUGUGAAAAUAUUUUAUAUAUAUUUUUGGUUUUGUUUGUUGACUCUUUUUAAACGAAAAAAAAAAAAAUCUUUAGGGGAAACAGAUGUUGUGCUGUCUUUUAACUAAUACACGUUAGUGAGCGUGUCAGUCUGUCUGUGCCCCAGUGUCCUCGGCGGCCGGGCGUCCCUACCAAGCUGUGCCCGCGCUGCCCCCGAUCUCGACCAGCCGCAGCAGCCCGCACUGCACCGGAUAACAUCACCACGGCGACGACCUGUGGUCUGUACUGUACCAGAGUACCCACCAGAGU